AAAACCCUACUUCUUUUCUUCAACUAUAAACCCUUUGAGAAAAACCCUUGGAAGCCUCAGCUCAGACAAGCGAAAGAAAAAAAUGCGACCACCGAGGGGCGGCGGAGGUUUUAGGGGCGGAAGGGACGGUGGUCGAGGGAGAGGAGGUGGCCGAGGAGGCUUUGGUCGUGGUGGAGGACGUGGUGGCGGUGGGUUCCGUGAUGAAGGACCUCCUGCUGAAGUUGUGGAGGUCUCUAUCUUUGUUCAUGCAUGUGAAGGUGAUGCAGUGACAAAGCUUACCAAUGAGAAAAUACCUUACUUUAAUGCUAAUAUUUAUCUGCAGAACAAGACCCAAAUAGGGAAAGUUGAUGAAAUCUUUGGUCCCAUCAAUGAAUCCUAUUUUUCAAUCAAAAUGUUAGAAGGUAUUGUGGCAACUUCGUAUGCUCCAGGUGAUAAGUUUUAUAUCGAUCCGAGCAAGCUUUUGCCUCUUGCAAGAUUUCUUCCACAACCAAAGGGACAGGCACAAGGUGGUGGAAGAGGUGGUCGUGGAGGAGGCAGAGGUGGUGGUAGAGGAGGCGGUCGUGGAGGUGGUGGAUUUCGUGGAAGGGGUGCUCCAAGAGGUGGCAGAGGUGGUCCUAGGGGUGGUGGUCGUGGCGGUGGAUUUAGAGGUAGAGGUAGGUUUUAGAGCAAUAACAUUUUGUAACAUUAUCAAUGCCCUUAUCCGCUAUCCUUUUCGGAUGUCAAAGGGAUACAACUUUGAGAAUUUGAUGCCAAGCUUUAUUUGUGACUGUUGUGUUCAUUGGAGAUGUAUUUAUUUCGAAUUUUUUUGGUUUACACAA